AGACAGAUGUCAGUUUAUGCUGGGUCACGAAGGCAUGUGAAAUCGCAGUUGUAUAUUUCGUAAGAUUACGUUGUAACCUCUUUUUUUAUCGUCGAUUUUGGCGUAAACCGGAUAGAAGGAUUUAUGAGAAUCUGCGACGAGGAACCAUGCGACUCGUGACAGCGGUGAACGUGAAACUGCUGCCGAUCCUCCGGCAACAGACGAUCGCGCGCCCCUUCUGCAAAACUCGCUUUCCCUUGGAUCUCCGGGCGACCCCGUCGCCGGCCUGCGUCAGGUUAACACGGACGGACCAUCUAGGGGGAAGACUGUUGAGGAAUGCACGUGGACGUAGUAUUCAUCCCGCGGUGGUGUCGGUGAGAUUCUUCGCCACGAAAAGGUACUCUGAUCGAGUUCCUCCGAGCGAUGGUAAUGGAGACCAACCUGGAGAUUAUUCCGCUUCUCUGCCUGCAACUGUGGUGGUACCUGAAGUUUGGCCUUAUGUACCAGUCAUUGCUAUCAAUAGAAAUCCAGUGUUUCCUAGAUUUAUCAAGCUUAUCGAAAUUAGCAAUCCAAUUUUGAUUGAUCUAAUAAGAAGAAAAAUAAAGUUGAAUCAGCCUUAUGUGGGAGUCUUUUUAAAGAAGACUGAAGAAAACGAAGCUGAAAUUGUUGAAAACCUAGAUGACAUUUAUCCCAUUGGAACAUUUGCACAAGUGCAUGAGGUACAGGAUUUGGGAAAUCGAUUAAGACUAGUGAUCAUGGCACAUAGAAGAAUCAAGAUUGUUAAUCAGAUUUUUGAUGAUCCAACUCCAAAGUCAGAACAUAAGAUGAAACUGACGUUCCCACUAUUAAAUACUACAAUUACCGUCCCUGUAGACGACACAAUAAACAGCGGCAAGAUAAGUCGGAGAUCAUUGCGCAAGAAGGUAGAGAAUAGAAAUGCAGAGAAAAUAGAAAAAGUCGAUGAAGUAGAUGCCCAUUCUACGGAAGUAAAACCACCGAUAGAUUCCUCUGAAAAAAGUACAGAAAAACCAUCAUCACCGCCUCAAUCUGGUAGUCAACCUAUAUUAAUGGUGGAAGUUGUGAAUGUCACACACGAAAAAUUUAAACAAACUGAAGAAAUUAAGGCUUUGACGCAAGAACUCAUUAAGACGAUUCGCGAUAUAAUUAGUAUGAAUCCUUUAUAUCGCGAAGCAUUGCAGCAAAUGUUGCAUCAAGGGCAAAAAGUUGUGGACAAUCCAGUUUAUCUUAGUGAUUUGGGUGCUGCCUUAACCGGAGCAGAUGCACAGGAGUUACAACAAGUCUUAGAAGAAAUGGAUAUUUUAAAAAGAUUGAGACUGUCUCUCGCACUUCUAAAAAAAGAAUAUGAAUUAAGCAAACUACAGCAGAAAAUCGGGAAAGAAGUUGAGGAGAAAGUAAAACAACAACAUAGAAAGUAUAUUCUUCAUGAGCAAUUAAAAGUUAUCAAGAAAGAACUAGGGCUGGAAAAGGAUGACAAAGAUGCGAUAGAAGAGAAGUACAGGGAACGAAUAAGACAAAAGACAGUUCCUAAACCAGUGAUGGAUGUGCUUGAAGAAGAAUUGAAUAAAUUAUCUUUCUUAGAAAGUCAUAGCAGUGAAUUCAAUGUUACGAGAAAUUAUCUAGACUGGCUUACAUCCAUGCCAUGGGGUGUGACUAGUACAGAGAAUUUAAAUCUUCAAGAUGCCAUCAAAAUUUUGGACGAAGAUCACUAUGGAAUGGAAGAUAUAAAAAAAAGAAUUCUUGAAUUCAUCGCUGUUAGUCAACUAAAAGGCAGCACACAAGGAAAGAUAUUAUGUUUCUAUGGACCUCCUGGAGUCGGCAAAACCUCUAUAGCUAAAUCGAUUUCUCGCGCUUUAAACAGAGAAUACUUUAGGUUUAGCGUCGGCGGAAUGACGGAUGUGGCGGAGAUUAAAGGACACAGGAGAACAUAUGUGGGAGCGAUGCCAGGCAAAGUUAUUCAAUGCUUGAAAAAGACUAAAACUGAAAAUCCAUUAAUUCUAAUAGAUGAAGUCGACAAGAUUGGCAAGGGACAUCAAGGGGAUCCAGCAUCAGCUCUUCUCGAGAUGCUUGAUCCUGAACAAAAUGCAAACUUCUUGGACCACUAUUUAGACGUUCCAGUGGAUUUAUCAAAAGUCUUAUUUAUCUGCACGGCCAAUAUAAUAGAUACUAUCCCAGAACCCCUGAGAGAUCGCAUGGAAAUGAUAGACAUGUCGGGUUACGUUGCCGAAGAGAAGCUUGCCAUCGCGAAACAGUACUUAGUUCCACAGGCUAGAAUCGAAUGCGGUCUCAACAACGAUCAAAUCAACAUACAAGACAAUGCGCUCACGGCACUGAUCAAAUCUUACUGUCGAGAAUCGGGUGUGCGAAACCUGCAGAAACACAUAGAGAAGGUGCACAGAAAAGUGGCGUUUAAGGUAGUCAAGAAGGAGGCCGACAAAGUCGACGUCACCGCGCACAACCUGCAUGAGUUCGUCGGGAAGCCUGUAUUCACCCAAGAUAGGAUGUACGACGUCACGCCUGCUGGUGUAGUAAUGGGACUGGCGUGGACUGCCAUGGGUGGAUCCACUCUGUUCAUCGAGAGUACUGUUAGAAAACCAACGGGUGGCAAAAAGGCCGAGGGUACUUUUGAAGUCACCGGCCACCUCGGCGAUGUGAUGAAGGAGUCUAUACAUAUAGCGAUGACCGUUGCGAGGAAUUAUCUGAAACGAGAGGAGCCCUCCAAUACUUUCCUCUACGAUUCCCAUUUGCACAUACAUGUACCCGAAGGUGCUACUCCAAAGGAUGGACCUAGUGCAGGGGUGACAAUCGCCACGGCUUUGCUCUCCCUAGCUAAAAGUCAACCUAUCAGGCAGAAUGUAGCAAUGACAGGCGAGCUGAGUCUCAUGGGCAAGGUACUACCUGUCGGUGGCAUCAAGGAGAAAAUUAUUGCGGCAAAGCGCGUCGAUGUUAAAUGCAUAAUUUUACCUGAGGAAAAUAAGAAAGAUUUCAACGACUUACCUAAGUAUAUCACAGAUGGUCUAGAAGUGCAUUUUGCUACAACGUUCGACGAUGUUUACCGUAUAUGUUUCGCACAAACGCAUGAAACCGAUUCCUUUCAAUCUACAAAACCAAUUAGUACUGAUGUUUCAUCUACACAAUCAGUAUUUGGUUAAAUAUACAGUAUGUGCAAAAGAGUAUGCUAUUGACAAAAUUGCUGUAUGCAAUUAUAUUUGUUUUUUGUGUAGAGUAUAAUUUUACAAAAAAAAAUUCAUUAUAUUCUAAAAAAGACAAAAAAUAGACUUUGGGACAGAAUAGGUAUGAGAGUAGAUAGUCUUUGUGAUAUUAAAAGCAUAAUCUUUUGAACGCAUUUCAUAAAAAUAAAAAAAAAUUAUUAUUUGUGUAAUUCUUAUUGUUAGAGAGAGGAUAAUAAGAGUGUAUUUGGAUACAGUCUACAAAUGCUUUCUGUAAAUAACGCAAAUAUUCCAUGAGAGAAGAAUAAGUAAAUUCUAAAGAUAUAAUUCCUUAUAUUUCUUUAUAAAUAAUAUGUGUAUAUAAAUAAAUAUAAAUUAUAUUAAAAGAACAUUUAUUUCCUUUUAGUGAGAUAAU